UAAUUGGAGGAUGAGGAAAGGGAAAGGAAGGAACAAUGGCUUACUGCCGAAUUCGUUGAGGAUUAUAUCGUCUUGUUUGAAGACUGUUUCCACGAAUGCUAGUAACGUCGCUUCCACGGUUCGCUCCGCCGGUGCUUCCGUCGCAGCUUCCAUUUCUACCUCUUCUGAAGAUCAUAAAGAUCAGGUAACAUGGGCUGGCUUUGACAGGUUGGAACUUGGUCCGUCUCACUUCAAGCGUGUCCUCUUACUUGGUUACCAGAAUGGAUUUCAAGUUUUUGAUGUGGAGGAGGCCUCUAAUUACAGUGAACUAGUUUCAAAGCGUGAUGGCCCAGUUUCUUUCUUACAGAUGCAGCCUUGCCCUCUGAGUUCUGAUGGACAAGAAGGAUUCAGGGCAUCACAUCCUAUUCUAUUGGUUGUUGCUAGUUAUGACACCAACGGUUCAAGCUUGGGUCAGAAUGCUGGCAAUUUGGUUGGGGUGGCCCGAGAUUGCCGUAUGGAGUCACUGUUAGGGAACUCUGUCAACUCGCCUACUGCAGUUCGAUGUUACUCUCUCCGGUCUCACUGUUAUGUGCAUGUGCUGAGAUUUCGAUCAUUUGUUUGCAUGAUUAGAUGCAGUUCCCGGAUUGUAGCUGUAGGCCUUGCAACACAGAUAUAUUGUUUUGAUGCCCUCACUCUCGAGAAUAAGUUUAGUGUCCUCACCUAUCCAGUUCCCCAGUUGGUGGGACAAGGGGCUGUUGGGGUUAAUGUUGGCUUUGGUCCAAUGGCUGUUGGUCCAAGGUGGUUAGCAUAUGCUUCCAGUAAUCCACUGGUGUCUAACACUGGCCGGUUAAGCUCACAAAACAUUACCCCUUCUCCUGGUGUUAGUCCAUCAACAUCCCCAGGUGGCAGUAGUUUGGUUGCUCGUUAUGCAAUGGAAUCUAGUAAGCAUUUGGCGACUGGGCUAAUCAGCCUUGGAGAUAUGGGAUACAGGACUUUAUCCAAGUGUUGUCAAGAGCUACUACCUGAUGGCUCAAAUUCUCCUGUGUCACAAAAUUCAGUUUGGAAAGUUGGAAGACUGGCAGGAACUGAUAUGGACAAUGCAGGAAUGGUUGUCGUAAAGGAUUUUGUUUCACAAGAUGUUAUAUCUCAAUUUAAAGCUCAUACGAGCCCAAUCUCUGCACUAAGUUUUGAUCCUACUGGGACCCUUCUGGUAACUGCAUCAGUCUAUGGAAAUAACAUAAACAUCUUCAGGAUUAUGCCAUCGCAUGUGCGCUCCGGAACAGGUGUUCAAAGUCAUCACUGUAGCUCUUCUCAUGUGCAUCUUUACAAGCUACAUCGUGGAAUAACAUCAGCUAUGAUUCAAGAUAUUUGCUUUAGUCACUAUAGUCAGUGGGUUGCAAUUGUUUCAUCCAAGGGGACUUGCCAUAUUUUUGUCUUAUCCCCUUUUGGAGGUGAUACAGGAUUUCAAACACUUAGUUCUCAGGGUGAAGAGCCUUCCCUUUCUCCGGUUCUAUCCCUACCAUGGUGGUCUACCUCGUCUUGUGUCACUAAUCAGCAAUCUUUCCCACCUCCACUACCUGUUGCCCUUUCUGUUGUCACCAGGAUAAAAUACAGUAGUUUUGGAUGGCUUAGUACUGUAAGCAAUGCUGCGAAUUCUGCAACAGGAAAGGUUUUUGUGCCAUCUGGUGCUGUUUCUGCUGUUUUUCAUAAUUCUAUAUCACCCGCUCUUCAGCAUGUUGACCAAAGAACUACUUCCUUGGAACAUCUUCUGGUGUAUACUCCAUCAGGUCAUGUAGUUCAACAUGAGCUUCUCCCGUCAAUUGGGGCGGAUUCGGGUGCUAGUAAUUUAAAAUUUCAGACAACGGCAUAUACACAUGUACAAGAGGAUGACUUGACGGUGAAAGUUGAACCUGUUCAGUGGUGGGAUGUAUGUAGGAGGUCAGAUUGGCCAGAAAGAGAGGAAUGUAUUUCUAAGGCUACCUUUGAGAGACAGGAUGUUGCUGAAGAUGUUGAAAGUAAACCGGUUAGUGAGGAAUUCGGCAUUGAUUCUCUGGAAAUUAAUGAUAAUGUCAGUGGAGAAAUGAAUACGAAACCAUUUCUGACGAAGCCCCAUGAUAGCUUCCACUGGUACAUUUCUAAUGCAGAGGUGCAAGUAAACUCCUGGAGGUUGCCAAUAUGGCAAAAGACCAAGAUUUCUUUCUACAUGAUGGAUUCUCCGAGACCCAAUAGUUGUGAAAGUGGUGAGUUUGAAAUCGAGCAGGUCCCAGUUCAUGAAGUUGAAAUCAAAAGCAAGGAAUUAUUACCUGUUUUUGAUAGUUUCCAGCGUAUCAAAUCGAGCUGGAAUGACAGGUGUUUUGCCGUUGGGAAGUAUACUCCGUCUUUGUCUCCCGAUCAUCAUCAAGGUGAAUAUAAAGCCUCGCAAGAGAUUAUUAUCUGUCAUUCAAAGCCAGCAUCGCUUAGCUCCACUGAAAGUUCCGGAGGUUCAUCGAGGAGACUGGAUAAUCUACUUGAUUUUGAUCAGAUUAAUUGCGAUAAGCCUUAUCCACCCAUUUACCAGGGUCUGAAUGAAAUUUGCCAUUUAAAAGUUGCGAAUGGCUUCAUUGAGUCGUCGGUACUGAAUCAGGAGUCUUUGGCUGCCGAGUCUUCUCCAUUUCAGCACUUGGAGAAUAUAUAUUCUGAUACUGGUCACUCUAUGACGAGCGAUUUUUACUCUUUAGAGAGUAAGUUGCCUCCAUUAAGAACCAAGACCGAUGGGACGCCAUCUUGCAAUGCUGCUGAUAUUGGCAGUGCCUCAAUGUUACAUGUAGACCAUUAUGAUGCACCUACAGACAUUGUGGUGGAUGAGUCGUCAAUCUGUGCACAACUGAUUCCGGUUGAUUUUGGACAUUUCCAAGAAGGGCACUAUGAUAUCUUACAGCACAGUGAAAGCGGCAAGUUGUCUGAACAUGCCAACGAUGAUGUUGAUAGCAGCAGCAACCACCGUGGGAAGGAAAAACUGGAAGAUGAUGGGGAAAAUGAUGAAAUGGUUGGUGGCAUGUUUGUGUUCUCCUAAGAAGGUUGAAUCGGAUUCGUCACUGUUAAAAGCUUAGACGAAGGUAUGUUUUUCGAUUCAAAACACAUUGCACCCUGUAAAUAAGACAGGUGGGCGGAGUACCGAUGAUGAUCGUAUUGUUUGCGAUCAAUGCUUCAAGUUUAGUAAGAGCAUGCAUCAUCUUUCCCUCCUCUCUUUUGUACAUCGUUUCAGCUGGCGCUACCUAAAAAAAUGGAGUAUUGGACAUAGGAGACAAAGGGUCUAACUCGAAUCAAAACUCAUUCCGGCACUAGAUUUGGUUCGAGUUCCUUCGUCGUGAUCAUAUCGAGUUUGUUUGUCUGUACACAAGAUUGUGUGAAGUCUGUAUAACAAUAUUGUUUGUCUGAUGAUAGAAAAAAGAAAACCAAAUGAAAUGGCUUUGUAUUCAUAAA